AUGCUGUUGACGCUAAGUGGUUCUUUGAGCAGGGGAGAGCGGUUUGAGACCAAGAAGGAAAACGGAGAACCUUUCUUGGGAGUGGUCAUGAAGCGGGGAUGUGACUAUCAGCGCGCUGGAGCUCAUUUCAGCCUCAGUGCGGUGUUCUAUACACGGGAGCAUAUCCAUGGAGCAUUUCAUGAUGGAAGUGACGUUUCUUAUGGUAACAUCAGAGAAGAGUGGAAGCUCCACGUUACGCAAGCUCCAAGCGGACAGUGGCUCACGAUGAACAACAGGAUGCUGUUUGCAUACAAUUCGUUGCGAUACGCAGACGGGGAAGCAGAUGGCGGAGACAAACACAUUCAGGAUAUACUGCUGGAAAUGGAAAAAGUUCAGGUGGUACCAUAUUCGGAAGCAAGGAGCAUCUUGGAGAGUCUCGACACGCCUCAAGACAAUGGCAAUACGUGCUACGUUCUCGGUGAUCCGUACCGAGAGGAUUGGAUCUGCAGCGAUCUAGUGGAUCCUGAGGCUUAUUACAAGUACGUUCUAGAGUACCCAAGCCUUGAACAGGAGAAAGUAGAGUACCCGGGCCUUGAGCAGGAGGAAGAAGAGUACUCGACCUUUGAACAGGAGGAAGAAGAGGACUCGACCUUUGAAGAGGAGGAAGAAGAGUACACAACCUUUGAACAUGAGGAAGAAGAGGAAGAGAAAUUCAAAUUCCUCUUCCUCUUUAUUUUGCCAUCGCUUCUCCUUAGACGAAUGUUGGGUGCUUGUGUUUAUGGGGAGGAAUUCGAAUAA